AUGGACCCGUCACAAGUCAAGAUUCCUCCCAUGAAAGACCUCACCGUCGACAACAUCACGGAAAACGUCCUCACCAUCAACUCGCUCUGCGAAGACGAACGCAUGAAAUACGUCCUCGAGCGCCUCGUCACUCACCUCCACGACUUUGCGCGCGAAACCCGUCUCAGCAGCGCAGAAUGGAUGACCGGCCUCCAAUUCCUCACCGAAGUCGGCCAAAUCUGCACCUCCGUCCGACAGGAAUUCAUCCUCCUCUCCGAUAUCCUGGGCCUCUCCAUCCUCGUCGACUCCAUCGACCAUCCCAAGCCCCCCGGGUCCACGGAAGGGACCGUCCUGGGUCCGUUCCACACGCACGACGCAGAGGAAUUGCGCAAUGGAGAGGCCAUCUCGCAUGAUCCCAAGGGGGAACCGCUCUUGGUCGUGUGCACGUUGCGGGAUACGGAGGGUCGGCCGAUCGAGGGCGCCAAGAUUGAUAUCUGGGAGACCGACUCGACAGGCCAUUAUGACGUGCAAUAUGCGGGAAGGGAGAGUCCCGACGGCCGCUGUGUGAUGCGAUCUGAUCCCGACGGCGUCUUUUGGUUCAAGGCCAUCACGCCGGUGCCGUAUCCGAUUCCACAUGACGGUCCCGUAGGCAGGUUGUUGAAGAAGUUGCAUCGUCAUCCGUAUCGCCCGAGCCAUAUGCAUUUUAUGUUUGAAAAGGAGGGUUACGAUCAUUUGAUAACAGCCCUCUACCUCCGCAACGACCCUUACGAAACAUCCGACGCAGUCUUCGGCGUCAAAGAUUCAUUAACCGUCGAUCUUGGAAAAGUCGGCCCCGAAUACGCCCAGAAAUACAAUGUGCCCGAGGGACAAGCACUCCUCACAUAUGACUUUGUCUUGGUCUCGGACGAGGAGACCAAGGAGCUGCGAGCACGGAACUCCAUCAUGGCGCUGGAUAAGCUUGGGCGGAAGGUGAAGAUUGUGAAUGGGUUGCCCGUGCCCGAUUUGGAUUGA